AUGGACAUAGCACCAGUAGGAAUAAAUAAUCUGAGAGAUGAAGAUGAAAAUGAAGAUGUGCCAACUUCAAUGAAUGGUGAUAGCAAUGAUCAAAUGGACACUGUUGAUGACUGCAAGCCUCACAUUACUUUCAGCAUAACAGACGCUAUAAGAAAGUCAAAAAAUCAUAUAAAGAGUUCGUUAAACUUGAAUGAUAAUAAUAAUAACAAUUGUAACAAAAGCGAUUCGAUUGGCGACUCAGUUGAAACAUCAAACGGUCACGAGUCACCAUUAGGUGACUACAAGCAAUUGUUUUUUGCAUCAGCAGAUCAGAACAAUAACGACAGCGAAGUUAAGACUGACGGGAGCUUUCGAGGAGCAUCUAAACAACGUUAUCAUCAGAUGCAACAGCUGCUUCAGCAGCAUGUUUUUACACCCCACCAGCUUCAACAAUUGAUUGUUCCACCAAUGACGAUGUCAACACCAAAAGAUUCGUUAUUUCAUUUCGAACAAAAACGGAAGCAAAUGGAAGUUCUCAUGCAUCAAAUACAAGAACAGUUACAUGCUAAUAUCCUACAGCAAACUCAUUUACUACAAAAUCAGUCGCCGACGGGAGAAGGUGGCAGUGGGAAAAAGGGAAGCACUUUCCAACUGCAACAGAAAUUAGCGAUUCAACAACAAGAACUUGCACAGCAAUUUCAACUUGUACAACGUCAAUAUUUGUUGCAUCAAAGUGGAAUGCAAUUAUUGUUCCCGCAACAUCAUCAACAGCAAGCUCAAAAUCUCUCACAUUGCAAUGAAUAUUGCGGCGAUGAUAAUAAUCAUAAAAUCCAUUCGAGCGAUUCAAAGGGGCAUCUGUUUGAGAGCAGCGAGCAAAGUGACGAUAAAAUGAAUUUUAAAAAUGACACCAACAAUAACAAAAACAGCCAUCAAAAUGAAACGACAAAGAACAACGUGAAGGAAAAGGACGAAUUACCGCGUGAGUGUGAACAACGUGAUGAAUCGCCAGCAGUGAACAAUUCGCUUGAAAAUCACGUGAAUGGAAGUCAAGAUGAAAGUCCAAAGUCAAAGCAUGGUGAGCCUAAGACAUCUGAGAGUCCUACCAACUGCAUCAGUCAAUUUCUCAAUUCAAUCAUCAACUUCCGUCGUGAUGAAAUGACUUUAAACUUGAAUAAUAUCCUAACAGGUGCUAAUCAGUCGUCUGUGGCUUCUCUACAAACACCGGCUGCAAAUUUGCUUCUAAACGAUCUGAACCGUAAUUUCUUAACAGGAAGUUUUGGCUCUGAUCACAUGAAUCCAGCCUUAGCAUCAUUAGUUGUGAAUCAUCAACAAUAUUCAAAGUAUGGACGAGGCGCUUGCAAAUGGCCAGGUUGCGAUAUGAUUUUUGAUGAUUUACAAACCUUCACAAAACAUUUAAACACUAAACAUAGUAUGGAUGAUUGCACAACAGCUCAAGCUCGCAUUCAAAUGCAAGUCGUAUUUCAACUCGAAAUUCAAUUACAAAAGGAAAAAGAUAGACUUCAAGCAAUGAUGCAUCAUCUUCAUUUAACAAAAGAGUCAAUGGCAGCAGCUGCAGCAGUUGCAAAUCUCGAGCAACGUCAGCAAACUCACAUUAAAUGUGAGACGAAUGGAGCUAAAAGUGGUGGCAAUGUGGGGAUGUUGUUAGAUGAAUCUUUCAUGUCACAAUCAGUUCCAUCCCAACCUCAGCAACAACAACAAUCGCCGUCAGCAACAACUCAGCCAAUACAUCCAAACACACGUAUACGAUCGCCUUUACACAAUAUCGGACCGAUCCGAAGGCGAAUCACUGAUAAGUCAGCAAUGUCUUUAUCAGAAAUUCAACGAAAUCGUGAAUUUUAUAAAAAUGCUGACGUUCGUCCACCGUUCACAUAUGCGUCUUUAAUAAGACAAUCAAUUAUUGAAUCGCCCGACAAACAAUUAACGCUCAAUGAAAUCUACAAUUGGUUUCAAAAUACUUUCUGCUACUUUCGACGCAAUGCCGCCACAUGGAAGGUAAAGAAGAAACUUCCCGGAUGGGAGAAUGCUGUGCGUCACAAUUUAUCGCUCCACAAAUGCUUUAUGCGUGUUGAGAAUGUGAAGGGUGCUGUGUGGACAGUCGACGAAAUUGAGUUUUAUAAGCGAAGACCUCAACGGUGUACGUCGUCGAGUGGCGGAGCAAAUGGACAGCAAAUCUCAGGUCAACAGAAUAGUGUGCCGUGUAUUGAAGGUGGACAGCAACAACAUUCCAUCGGGUACAAUGCUAUUCGAACAAACUUGUCUUUGCACAAAUGUUUCGUACGCUAUGAAGAUGACUUUGGUUCGUUUUGGAUGGUUGAUGACAACGAGUUUGUGAAACGUCGUCACUUAUCCCGAGGACGUCCACGCAAGUAUGAUCCGUCACCAUCGCCAACUGGCGAUGAGCACUCCAAUGCCACAAAUCACAGUUCGAAUAGUUCUCAGGCACCAACUGCCCCAAAUGUGGGGGAUCAACCUCAGGGAGUGAAUCUCGAGAGCGCUCAAGGCAUGACAGCAUAUGCUUCACCAGCGAACUCAACGACAUCUUCAAUGAAUUAUGCCAAUGAAGGAGACUUGCUGGCAAGUGGACAAAAUAACGGCGCGAGUGCUGGUGUUGCACAAAACAUUCAACGCAGUCCACGAUCAAUGCACAGCCCACCACAAAACAUUUAUGGAGAAAACAUGGCCAUAAACUUCCAGAAUUUUUGGCUUUCACCAACAAAUCUGUUGGAUGAUAAUUCGCCAAUGUCAAGUCAUCAUAUCAAAUCGGAUAAGUUUCGUUCACAGUCACUUAGUCCAUCAAGAUCACCCGGAAAUAUUCAACAAAACUACUCGAGUCAUGAGGACAAAAUAGAUCUCGAAAUGAUGUCUCAUCCAUUCAACUAUGACCAUCAUCAGAAUCGUCGCAAACAGAGAGUAUACAGUAAAACAUCGCACAAGGAAUUACGUGAUCGUGAACGUUUUUAUCAAUCUAGAAGUGCUGAUCAUUUUGAUCCUCAAAAUUUCCACCAAAAUCAUCAAGUUGAGAAUCUCGUGAAACAUGAAAUUAUUGAUGAGGAGGAUGGAAAGAUGGAAGAUGAGUCUGCAGAAGAUUUACGACAGUCAAAGUCUAGUAACGUCAAUGACUAGUUCUGCUAUACUUGAAGCAGAUUUUUGCCAUAUCAAGAGAGCUCUUUAAAAGAAUGAGACAUUAAUUUUCAUGUGUUUAGAAGUUCUGAGAUAAAUCUGAAUUUAAAAUUUCAGAAAAUAGAGAAAAACGUAACAUAAAUCUGUCAUUGUCAACCCUAUAUCCAUAAUUAUUCAACUAAAUGCAUUUUAAAUGUAACAUGAAGCAUAGAUUUAGGAUGAAUAACAGUUUAUUAGGAUGUUUUAACAACUAAUUAUCAUGUAACUUCAUAAGUAUAAAAAGUUUCUUUAGUCUCUCAUGAACACACGAAAAAAGUUAAGUAAAUAUCACGACUUUUGAAUAAGUUUUUUUCUCUUCCUUAAAAAAUAAUCAACACCUAUAUGUGAAAAAAUAUUUAUUUCGAAUUAUGUUUCUUUGAGUUUAUCUGAAAAUGUUUAAAAUCUUAUUUUUCCUUCUUUUAAUUAAUGAGAUAAACAGUCAUACAUUACAGUAUUGAGAAUAAAUAUUCAAACUUAUUAUAAAAAUAA